UGCUUGCGAGUCGUCGCCAGAGCCUUGGUUGCUUAGACUGGUCUCGAACGCACGAUUCGGCUCGCGCUGUGGGAGAGUGAACAACAGACAGCUCCAUUUUUUCUGACCCUCUGUGGCAACAGCAGCCAUGUUGGCGACGUUGGCUCGGUCGGCCCUUUCGGCGCGCCAGGCGCCCCUGCAACAGGCUCGCACGUUGCUGGCACCUACUGCCACCCUCUUGACGCAAACCCGCAGCUUUUCUCAGCGCAAACGCCGCCGUGGCCUCCCAUACAAUUGGGGUAUCAACUUUGUGCCGCAACAAGAGGCUUGGGUGAUUGAGCGCUUUGGCAAGUUUCACUCAGUCCUCGAGCCCGGCCUUCGCCUGCUCAUUCCCGUCGUUGAUGAGAUCAAAUACGUGCACUCCCUCAAGGAGAUUGUCGUCGAGAUUCCCCGACAAUCGGCCAUUACCCAGGAUAACGUGACGCUGCAUCUGGACGGCGUGCUCUACGUCAAGAUUGAUGACCCUUACAAGGCGUCAUACGGUGUUGAGGAUCCUGAGUUUGCCGUGUCUCAGCUCGCUCAGACUACAAUGCGUUCCGAAAUGGGCAAGCUGACUUUGGACACGGUUUUCCGCGAGCGCCAACUCUUGAAUGAAGCCAUCGUUGAGGCUAUCCAUGCUGCGGCUCGGCCAUGGGGUCUGACCUGCUACCGUUGCGAGAUUCGUGACAUCCAACUACCGGACAAGGUCAUUGAAGACAUGCAACGUCAGGUGUCUGCCGAGCGCAAGAAGCGUGCCGCCGUGCUCGAGUCCGAGGGCCAGCGCGAGGCUGCAAUCAACGUGGCUGAUGGUAAAAAGCAGUCGGUCAUCUUGGCCUCUGAGGCUAGCCGGCAAGAGCAGGCCAACUUGGCCCUGGGUGAGGCGGAAGCCAUCGUGGCCCGUGCCCAGGCCACCGCCCGUGCGCUGGAAACCGUUGCCGAGGCUAUCCAAAAGCCGGGUGGCCGUGAUGCCGUGACUCUGACUGUGGCGCAGCAGUAUGUCGAGGCCUUUGGCAAACUGGCCAAGGAGAACAACACCAUGCUCCUCCCGGCCAACAUGAACGACCCUGCCAGCAUGAUUGCGCAGGCGGCGGCCAUUUUCAACACGGUGUCCAAGGGCGAUGCAACAGCCUUGGCCUCGAAAAUGGUCAACAACCCUCCUCCUUCCAGCAAGCCUGCGGAUACGCAGGAGUAA